AUGGCUGCUGUCGAAUCUCAGGGCGGCUUCGACUUUUCAAAUGUUGCAAGGAACUCGUAUCUCGCGAACCAUGGCGUAAAGCUUCCCAACGCUACAUCGACGGGUACAACAAUCGUCGGCUGUCUUUUCGAGGGAGGCAUCGUAUUAGGCGCCGAUACCCGUGCAACUGCUGGACCCAUUGUUGCCGACAAGAAUUGCGAGAAGAUCCACUACAUCGCCGACCAUAUUCGAUGCUGUGGCGCGGGUACCGCCGCUGACACCGAGUUCGUGACCGCGCUCAUCUCCUCCAACAUCGAGCUGCACGGGCUUUCAACCGGGCGCAAGCCGCGCGUCGUGACCGCUAUGACCAUGCUCAAGCAACAUCUGUUCCGCUACCAGGGUCAUGUUGGUGCAGCACUGGUACUUGGCGGGGUGGAUGCAACAGGAUCUCACCUCUUCACGGUCGCGCCACACGGCUCAACAGACAAGCUGCCGUACGUGACAAUGGGAUCCGGUUCGCUCGCUGCCAUGGCCGUAUUCGAAUCGAAGUGGCAACCGAAGAUGAGCCGCGAAGCCGCGAUUGAGAUCGUCUCGGAAGCCAUUGCGGCGGGUAUCUUCAACGAUCUUGGUUCAGGUUCGAACAUCGACGUCUGCGUCAUCACGAAGGACAAGACGGACAUGUUGCGGAACUACAUCAAGCCGAACGAGCGUGUACAGAAGGAGAAGAGGUACAACUUCAGGCGCGGGACUACGGCAUGGACCAAAGAGAGAGUCCGCUCGCUCAUCGUCAGCGAAGAGAUCUUGCCAAUCACUUCGAACGCCGCCGCAGAGGCUAUGGACACGAGCUAG